UUAACAAGAAUAUUAGAUGAAUCUAUUUUUAGAAAUACCUACAGGGACCUAAUAGUCGUAGUGCAAAAUAUGCUUCGGGGGAGGUGGGGGUGGGGUGGGGGGUUACAACAACAAACAUUCCCUUUCUUUUUUUCUUUCUUUUUUUACUUUUUUUAAUUAUUAUUAUUAUUUUUUUUUUUUUUUUUUGUCCGCUUCUCAAAUCAAACCAAAUUGUCACAAUUACGAACAUUAGCGCCAGGAACCGAAUGCUGUAUCGCUGAAACAAAAUAACACGAAAUAUGUUUUAAGGAAAUAAAACUGUUUUCUUUCCUAAUUCGAGGGGCAAACAGAUCGCGGGGAGGUCACCACUUGGCAAACAGAGCUAACAACAGACGCGGUUCUGUCGAGUUCGUCUUUAAACCGCGGCCUUAGGAAGCCGCUUUUAAUAACUGUCACGUCAAAGAUUUGUCAAAAAUAAUCCCCCACGGGCUGGUACUGAUGACGAUUCAUAGAAAUUAAUUUGUCAAACAGAAGGCGAUUCCAGUGGCGCUAUAAUGGAUCUAUUCCACAGCGCUGUCGGCAAUGUAAUGCAGUUUGGGGUGGGGGCACAGAGCGGUUUUGGGCACAUUUUGAGUUAAUAUUUGUAUGCUAAAAAUUGAAAAUUGAUUUUUUGUUUUCGUUUUCUAAUUGUUUUUCUACAAUUUAGUUUCUUCUUCAUUUUUCUUCUUCGUCUUCGUCUUCUUCUUCUUCUUCGUUCUUCUUCUUCUUUUUCUUUUUUUUUUUUUUUUCUUUUUUUUUUUUCUGCAGGACCAUACCUUACUGGAGGUAAGGUGGUCAGUUGUUAUCUCCGAAAACAAAACAACGAAACUGAUCCCUGAUUAUUUUAAAAGUCCCCUUUUGUCCAACUGAAAAAUCCACUGUGCCUUGAUUAUUAUCACUGUUUAAACUCUAGUUAUUUUAGCUUCCUUAUUUCUGCAUGAACGACCGUCAAUAUGAACUAACUGAAUUGCUCACUCCGUCCGUAACGGGCUGGCAAUACUUGUAAAAUAAAACUUUGCUUAAAUUAACUGCUUUUCAAACCUUUCAGCAAAAGACCAUACUGUUAUGCAGCUAUUGUUUGGUGCUGAAAUAUUAUUGCAUUUAUACAACACGUUCUCUUGUGUACAUUGUACACAAAUAUGCCUAUUCGAGUGAUGUGCAUACUUCAUGUUUAAAUGAAACUUAGUUUACAGAGCAGGUUGACUAUUUGAUGUUAUUACAUAAUUUAUUAUUAUUGCGCUGUUGAUACAUUAACCUUUAAUAAUUAAGGCGCUGGCAGUUUCAUUAAUUUUAUUAUGUAAUGAUGCUAUAUCCUGGUUAUGUGCGCGCGCUUUGUCGUUGGAGCUAUAACAUUGUUUAGAAAAAAAGCGUUCUGUCUUUUACGCGUAAUGGUUGAAUAUUGAACAGUGUGUAUCCGCUUUUACUUUCAUUAGUUUUAUUUGCAUGUUCAUUGAGAGGCGGUGUGGACAGUAGGAUUAAGAAUAAAACUAGAAUACAAGUCAUGUAUUAGUUUUGUUAAAAAUAUUUUAUUGCAUAGUAUAUAAUAUAAUGUAAAUUGAUGUAAAUUAAUAUAAUAUACGCAGAAGGAUUGGGUACAGGUUAUUCAAUUUACGAGGCCCUCUGUUUAUCAACAAAUAAUACAGUAUCACAAUACCGCCGAUUGUAAUUAUCUUUAAAAAGUAAACAUUAAAAACAAAACAGAUAAAUAAUGUUGUGAAGGAAACAUUAAAACAGUUUAUUAGUUUUGUAUAGUGAAACAAACAUAGUACAAAAGUCGACAUUUAUUCAACAUUCAUAAUUAUUAUUGCAUAAACAUGUACUAUAACAGGAUCGGGCAAAGACUGUGCGAUCUACGAGGUCCUCUCUUUAUCUGCAAAUAAUUAUUGCAAUUUUUUCUAUAAAACGUAAAUAUUAAAAACGAAACAGAUAAUAAAAUGAAGGAAACGUACAACUUUUUUACGACAGUGAAACAAGCAUAGUAUAAAAGUUGACAUUUAUUCGAACAUUCAUAAUCAUUGUCACAUUGAUACCGACAUCAUCAUCGGUGAUAAUUAACGUAACAUUUGCGCCCGCAUUUCUCAGUGUUAUUAUGAUUAGCGGUCGCCUCUUAAAUUUAAAUGAAUCAUUUUCAUUUUACCUCUGUUCGCACACGAGCUGUUUUCGUUCCCCUGACGAUUCCGUGCUGGGAUCUUUAUCUGCGAAGGGUGGUGGCUCGUGAACGACUUGGUUACAUAGUAAUUUGAAAUUAACAUCGCUUUUCAAGCAGGCGUAAUAUUGCGCUGCAGAUAUGUACAAUGCACGUGCAGACAUUGAACAAGUGCAGAACAGGUGCGGAUUCAAGGGGGGUGCUGAGGGUGAGCACCCCUCAAAAACGACAUAGUGUUUAAUAAAUGGAUAUAAUGAAUGUUUUGUUUUUGUGGAAGGAAGAGUAAUAUCACUGUACUGUAAAAUAAAAUUAAAAUUUCAAACAAGUGUAAUAUUGUAGUGGGUUGCAGAUAUUUACAAUGUGCGAUCAUCUUAAAAAAACAAAAAAAAACAAUCAUUGACAGGCGCCGGUUCAAGUGGGGUGAUAAGAGUGCACACCCCUUCGAAAUUGCAAAGUGUUCCGAAAAUCAUAUGCUUAAGGAUGAAUGAAAUUAAUUUAUUAAUUUAUUUGUUUUUAGUUGGGAGUGUAAACGCAUGUAUAUGGUUAUUUUAUUUAUUUUUAGUCCGUUGGGAAGGCAAUAUAUUGGUCGGCUGGGUAUUUUGGCGAAGAUUUUCAUAUAUUACUCGCACGCAUGCAUGCAUGCAUGCACACGCACACACACACACACACAUACACACAAAACACACAAAAACCACCACACACACACAAAACACACAAAAAACACACAAAAAAACACGCACACACACUAAAGAAAUUGAAGUUUGUAGCAGACUAAAAUGGAUUUUACCUUCUUGUGUGAAAACUAACACACAAAAAAUUGUUUAGAAAACAAAAUGAAGCUUGAAGUACUACAAAUAUUAAAACGAUCUAACCAUUUUUUUAAUGUAUGACGUCAGUGGUUAAAAAGCUCUAUUAUUUAGAAACGUGUUACAAUUGUAUUACACUCAGAACAGUCUUCUUACACGUUGAAGAACUCCAUUAAUGUAACCAUGUGCAAAAACUGACAACUGAUUGUGAACCCAUUAAACUCGUCAUAAACAGGGGGACACGCGUCACACUACAUGGCAGUUCGGUAUUCGCCAGGUUGUUACUAGCCAUCCACUGGGCUCGGUUGAUUGACAGGCGAGAGCGUCACGUGAUCGCCUUAUAUGGGAAUGGAGCGUGGCGAGAGGUUUGUAUGAGCACAAAUACAUUUCACGCUCGACCUAUCAGCGAGGCGGAUCCUGGGCAAUCGAUCAGCGCUCAGAUAUGCAAUCAUUUGAUAAAUCGCUUAUUUUUCUCACUGAAUUUAUGACAUCCCAGGCGAUGUCCCACAAAUAAUUUUUAUAUAACAUGAGCUCGGCUCUCGUAUUUCUGGUGACAAAUUUGUUUCCAUAUUAAAUGUUAUGGUUCUGAGUAGGUCAUCAUUUGUUACAAAGAUUUUUGGCUAAACUGUAUUUUUCAAGCGAAACACAAAAAAAAAAAAAAAAAUCCUAGAAAGAAAGAAAGGAAAACAACAAAAUAUUUGUUGAGUACCUGAAAUUAACACGAUCGAAAUUAACACGAUCGAAAUUAACACGUUUAUAUUGUGGCGCCUCCCUGCAAUAGAUAACUCUCUUCAUGAUGGAUCUGGCGACCACGUACCGGUACCACCACCAUCACGGCCCUAAUUUACAUAUGAUGGAUUUUUACCACUCGUGUAAGAGUAAGUAUUCGUUUUCAAAUGCGUUCACAUCAUUAUAACAAUUACACUAUGUAAUUGUUCCACUCCGCACACCUAAAUUAUCUUGCACUCUGUGUUGGCUGGUUUGUUCGGUUUCUUGGCUGUUUUCUUUUCUUUUUUUUCUUUUCUGUUUUUGUUUUCUAUUCGGUGGGGUUUUUUUCUCCUCCUGGUUUUUAUUCCUUUAUCUUUUGCUUGUUCCCUCGUCUAUUUGUGUUGUAACAAGCACACGCGAGACGUUUCUCCGAUGCAAAUCUAUAACAAUGUGGUUAGCGUAACUUUAUUAACAUAAUUCAUAAAGGCGCACACAAGACAUGCGGUCGUAGUUGUGUAAAUUGCAUUACACCAAUUGACCAGGCAAAGACUGCAAAAGAGAACUUCUUUAUGCCAGAGGUGCUGCCUCGGUAAACUCGAUUAUCAGCUUGUUUUGGAAUGGCGCUUUAAUAAUUCCCCGCACGUUCCGGAACCAAAACCCUUCCAUUGCUUGUGAUCCAUGCCAGUUACCUCAUUGAAACGUGCAACGAUGAAAUUUACAUUUUUCUCUCGUCUUCUUUCUUCUGUCCCGUUCGUUCUCUCUCCUUCUCUCCCAGAAACUGUUGAGUCGAGAACGGAUAUCCAGUAGAGCUCUGUGUGUUUUUUCUUGUAAGUUGUGAAGAAAUAGGUUGCGAUGAAAAUGAAUAUUUCAGAUGAAAUAGACGCCUGUAUGAUCAGCGUAUUCAGCCAAUAAAACCAACGGUUUCAAAGCAGCUGAAUUGAAUGUCUAUUGCAUCUCGCCGGCGAGUCCCGACCGUUUUGAGAGUGUCGUUAGCUCACGUUGUCAAUGUGUGACUCGUAUUGCACACCCGGGUAGCUAAGCGGAACACGGCGGUGGCGCACCAUCGCUCCGACAGUGGCGUUCAAGCACCCGUUAGACGGUUGAGGGACCACGAGUUGUUGAAAACUACACAUCCCUAACGGUGUUCAGUUUCACUGUCAGUUUCAGGCUUUUAGUUUGCGACCUUUUUUUCUUUUUGAAACCUGCUGUAUUCAAGUAAAUUUUUAAAAAUAUAUAUAUAUAUAUAUAUAUAUACGUCAACCCCUUCUGGAUUAACUGGAGUUUUUUCAUACAAAGAGAAAGUAAUAUAAUAUAUAAAAUUGUAUUUUUAAGUUGACGAUAAAGGACGCGUGUGUAUUGUCAGCCAAAUGUGAUAUAGUUCGCUCGAUGGUGUUGCUUUCAAACGGAAAUUGAUAUAUGGCGCGAUUGCUUCAUAAACAUAGAUUGCUGCAGUGGCUAUGAAUAUUCCAUCAACGUGUGUGUUUUUAAGUGUUUUUAGUUAUUGUGUUAUACAUUCUUCACUGUGGUGUGUGACUAAAACUAUUGUUCCUCUCUGUGUGACUUUUUUGUGCGUCAUGAAUGAAAUUGACACUUCCCAAAAUGAAGAUAACGAAUCGAAGUUCCAAAACACUGAUUUCCUAUAGCCGAACAUAAAAAGAAAACAUGCAAUCGAGGCGGACUUUUGAAAAAUGGUCUAUUUCACGUCCAGAGGAGCAGCCAAUGAGAAUCAUCUACAGGAAAACCGGCUCUGAUGGGGGUCGAGGAGGGGCCAAAGACAAGAAAUUGACCAGCUUUUGUGAUAACGUGAUCGGCUUGGCUGAUCAGACGUGCUGUCGAUUCUUUACAACUAAUUAAGUUAUCACGGGGAAUCUAGGUAUGCCGUGAUACUGUUUCUAGCUGUCUACUUCUGCCUGAGAGACUAUCUCCCUCUCUGCAAUUAAUCGCAAACUUGGCGACGAGCAUAUAUCUAGAAAAAUACUUUUUGAAGUGUAAAAUCGAAAAAAAAAAUCCAACGAGACAAUUUCUUCUCGAGGUGUUGGAAUCUCAGAUACAGCUGUUCAUUGCAUUAUGCUUUUAAAUUUAAAGCUUUAAAAAGCUAAAUAGUACUUGACAUCAAUGUUGAUUUGAAUUUUUUUUUUAACUAUCAAUCACAUUUAAAAAAAAAAAUUAAUCUUUUUUUUUACUGUUAUUGACAAGAGGAUUAUCCUAUUAAGACUGGAUUAAGGUGCAUCUAUUCCCAGGAGUCUGCGGUGUUAUGUUGUAAAAAAAAAAAAGCUGUUAGAUCCGUCGUAUUGGAGGCGCUGGCUGUUAGAUUUUCGGACCCCCUGCCGGGUGCAUUACGCCCUGAAGGAAAUCGCCAGUGGACAGCCGUGGAUAGCCAAACCGGGUACAUGCGCCCGUGUGUGAAGGCGGGCUGGUCGGCGUGUACGGAGGGCUACCCCGUUUCCUCGAUGUUUUGGGAGCAGGAAUCGUUGCAUACGGGGUCGUGGGGGCCGUUUCAGUGCCACCCCUCUUUCGCCGCUUUUCGCUCCCCACAAACGUUUGACCAUUAUUCAGGUCAUGGGGGUGUGAACCAGCUCGGUGGGGUCUUCGUAAACGGUCGGCCUCUUCCGGACGUGGUACGCACGAGAAUUGUCGAGCUGGCCCACCAAGGUGUCCGGCCGUGCGACAUCUCACGACAGCUACGAGUUUCACAUGGAUGUGUCAGUAAAAUACUCGGAAGGUAUUAUGAAACUGGUUCCAUUAAACCCGGGGUUAUUGGAGGCAGUAAACCCAAGGUCGCCACGCCCAAAGUGGUGGAUGCUAUUACACAAUACAAGUCCGAUAAUCCAACCAUGUUCGCCUGGGAAAUCCGCGACAGGUUGCUUACAGAGGGCGUGUGUUCCCAAGACAACGUCCCCAGUGUCAGCUCCAUAAACAGAAUUGUACGAAACCGCGCGGCUGACUCCGCCCGAGGCUCCCCGUCCAGUCAAUCAAGCCCAACGGGCGUGGUCGAGGGCCAGGGCAUGUCUCAAGCCAGCCCCUCCCCUAACGGAGACGUCGUGCUACAGAGGUCAGGGCCGUACACGAUCAGCGGAAUUCUCAGCACGUCCAAUACCGCCAAGAGGAAAGGAGACACUGAGCAUGUAUCCAAUGACGACCACAGAGAAGGAAGUGAAGGUGCUAGCGGACCGGGUGAUAAUAGACUGGAAAUGUGGAGUUACGACAGGCCCGUGAAGAUACCUAAAACGACGGAAAGUCCACACGACUCCCACGCGGAGAUUCUCAACGGUCAGGUGUACUCCUCGGGCGUGCACCCUAGCUACAACAGUCAGUUUGCGGCCACGCCCAGCAACCUAGAUGUCAAAUCGGAGUACCUGCCCGUCGGAAACAACGCUCAAUCCCACAGUUCCGCGGGCGGUGCAUACAGUCCGACAUUAGGUCCUCCUCCGCUCGCUCAUGUUCACAAUGUCCAUUCAGAGUCUGACCUUAAAAAAGUUCCAGUGUCAAACGAAAGCAGCAUGCAGCGGUCAAGGACGCCUCCAGGAAACUUCGAAGCAAGCAGCACAAACAACAACAGUAGCGGCAGCAACCAUAACAACAAUAAUCCCUCCCCAUCCUCGAAGCCAGGCACUCCCAGUAAUGCGGCGAGUUCGACAUUUACCGAGUUAAAACCGGUGCCUUCCAUAGCACCGGUUAAUCAGACAUACACACCGCUCCCACCCAUUGGACAGUUCUCAACCCCGCCACCCAUCACGUACAGUUCAAAUCACACAGCAUACAUCGGCCAGGCGGCCGUGAACACGUCAGUACCUCUCGUGUUACCGCAAGGAAUCUACGCAAACACGACAGCAAAUGUUCCAGCUGGUGAAUACACCACUUAUAAUUCUGUCCCAUACACACAGUAUGGAGCCAGUCCCUACCCAGAUCCCUCCUGGCCCAUGCGUUACGGGGCCCCAGGAAGCAUUUUAAUGUCCGAGCAGAACCACCAACUACGACAACAGCCACAUCAAGCGCCCCUUCCAAGGCAUAACACCAACAGCCUGGAGGAACUACGUCACAAAGCGCGCACUCACUCAGCUGUCGUCUUAGCAACCGCAGCCCAGACUACGUACUGAUUGGUCGGAGAACGGAGAAGAACUCGAGACGCGUUCUCAUUGGAUCAUAGUCGUAGAAACCGCAGCAAAUGUUUAUGGAAAUUCUCAAGGGCGGAUGAACUAAAAACAUUUUUUAUAACAUUGUGUUUCUACAGUUGGCUGUUUACGUUUGUCUCACAGUGAUAUGGGAGAGAGAAUAUUAAAAUGGAAGACACUUGCAAGCGAAAAUGGAAGGAAUGGCUGAGAGAGAUAAAUUUAAAUUUAAAAAAAAGAAAGAAGAUAAGACCAGUGUUUCAUAUCUGCGUGACUUCUUUGUGAACAGUGUUCCAAAAUACCUGCAUACUGCUGUGACAUAAAAAUAGUGGUAAAACUAUUUAUAAACAUGGAAAUAAGACUAAGACAGAACCAGUAUAGUGGUGAUUGACUGAUUUUCGUGGUCUCAGAGAAACAUCAGUCUUUGUUAUGUGUGUGUGACAGUGUUUGUCAAAAGAUAGUCCCAUGAUUUUUAUUUGACAGUAUUUGUAUACGAACCUUCAAACUGCUCCAAUUUUUCAUUGAUUUUUUUUCAUGAUUUAAAUUAUAGAGGAAAAUAGAUUAUAUAUAGAGAGAUAUAAAUUUAUUUUAUCACAUGCAAAACCAUUCGUUGUAGAUUAUAGAGCAAAGCAUGUUUAUUUAUCAGUAUUUGCUUUGAUUACGUACUAUCGUUCAUAGGACGCUAGUAAAUAUGCAGCGUAGAAAAGAGUCAUUAGCAUAUGAAACUGACCAAUGAGAGAGUACGCCUUAAUGAACCAUAACCAAUCAUUGACUAAUACAUCAAGGCCCGGUUGUUCAAAGCUUGGCUGUGGUAAAUUCUAGUUAAUGGAAAAUGUGUAUUUUGGAUAAUACUUUGAAACUGAUUACUUAUCAAUUCCAUAGUUUGUUUCAAAAUUAAGUUUUUAUGUCUUUUUCAGUAACCAUAUAUAUAUAUAUAUAUAUAUAUAUAUAUAUAUAUAUAUAUAUAUAUAUAUAUAUAUAUAUAUAUAUAUAUAUCGAUUUAAAAUCUGGAGUUCAUUUAGUUUUUAAUCAUUGGUUACGCUAUCUAAAGUUUGGACAACUGGGCCUAGGCACAAAUUGAUGUUUUAAAACAUGAUUUUGUGUUAAAAUAUUAUGAUGCAGUUAUCAUUAAUGCGACCAAAAAAGUCAUUAUUUGUGUCACAAUGUUGUAGUCAGCAUGUUCAUUAUGACACAGAACAAGACAACAAGGUCAGUACGUCAUAAUAUACAAUAUUAAACUGCUGUUUUAACUGCUGUCCCAAAACUAGGUCAGUGUUUUGUGUCAGUAUAGCAUAUUGCAUUUCCAUUUCUUUCACAGAAUAGAGUCAAUUUUCACUGCGUGCACAGAACAAGUUUACUGUUCUGUGUUGAACUGUAAAUAUAAUACUGCAAUCUUCAUUAUGUGCAAAGGACAAGCACUCGUUGCUCUGUGCUCUGUGCUGCAAACUUGGAAAACGGAAUCAAAAUGCGUGUUGUGUGCAAUAUUUAUUUAUCAUUUCCAUUACCACAACGGACACUUCGAGUUUUGUUAUCUAUGGAAGCCCAGCAUUGUAAUGAACCUUUUUUCUCUCUCUCUCCAUAAGAAAUGUGGUUCUGAAUUAAAAGUGCCAUUCCAUUCGUUAGUUUGGAGAUGUGUGUUAGCCAGAUAACAGUAUUUAUGUCUGUUUUAGCUGCUUUUCUUGUUACAUUUUAACACUAACUUUUUUAACCCCCGCAAAUUUCAAAUGAUAAUUGUUUUAUGCCAGUUUAAUUAGUGUGUAGGGGCGAAAGGGUUAAAUACUUCCUUAUAUUUACUGGCAUUCAUUUAUUCCUUGUUAUCCAUGUUAUGGGAGUUUUUGUAAACCCUCCUUCUCCUGCUGCUCCCCUCCCCGCCCCUCCCUUGUUCAACGUCCACCUGAGAUCCUUUUAACCUCCCCCUCAUAUCCCCAUUCAUAAUUUCAUCCUGAAACCGAUUUUUUUAAAUGUGAAUGACACAAUAUCGCCUCUGUGAUAAAAUGGUGUAACCAAAUAAAGUCGGUUUCACACCAACGCAUGAUAAAGAAACAGUUUUGUCAAAGUCUUCAUUUUAUUCUUCUCAAGAUUUCAGCUUAUAUAUACUGUAGAUAUAUAUAUGUAAAUGAAAAAUACCUCUUUUAACUAAUGCUCUAAGUAUAACCCGUAUCAUAACUCAGCACUUAGCCCGAUCCCCGAAUUUAAAUGAAGAGACCUCAUUAUCCACAGUAUAAUUUUAUUACAGUUAUGUAAUAAAAGCAACCUCAAAGAAACUGACUUUCAUAUUCUUGCCAGUGUAGAGAAGAAAAACAAAUUGCUCAAUUUAUCGUGUAGAGGGUUUUUUUCCUAGAUAAACGUCGUUUAAUUCAUUUCAAGUGUAUGUCAUUUUUCUUUUCUCGUUGAAACAUGAAUCGUGUUGCGUUAUUCGGGUAACCUUGUAAUUUGCUCAUUUUAAACAUUAUUAUAAUUAUUUGUUAAUAUGAAUGAGAUAUCACUAGUAGUAUCACCUAGCUGAUGAAGUUGUAUGUAUAUUUCCUUGUAGUUGUAAAUAAGAUAAUUGUAUAUGUUCAGUUUUAUAAAGGUGAUCUCUUUCUGUCUGUAUAUAGCGUGUUAAUACUGCAAUCUGUACUAAGACGAAACGUUUAGCAAUUUGGUACAAAUACAUUGUACUUUAAAAUACAAACUACUACUACAUUCAAUGGUGUGGCGGUUACGCAUUUCACUGUGUAUUGAAAACUUCCCGUUCGUUAAUUAUACUGACAAUUAAAUCCAGUGACUGAUUUCGCUUUGAAAGUCACGAGUUUUCUUUCAUUUAAGCACAUGUACCAAAUUGCUAAACGUUUUUGUCUUCGUAUAUUUCCCUUCCCUGUUUGAAAUGUGUGAUUAUUUGUGUCUUGCCAACACAAUGCAUUAUGGCAACUUAUUGUCAAGUUUCAAUUUCAUCCAAUAUUGUCAUAGCACCUCUGUCGAGUAGCCUCUAUUUCCCUUUUAAUAUUUUAUGUGAUUGAAAAGUGCUAGGAAAUAGUAUAUGUUAUUUGAAAAAAACAACAACAACAACAGAUAUAUGCAUAUAUCAAAUCGUUCGUGAAUAUUUAACAUGUCAUACAUUUCAAUUGUCAUUUUGCAUGCAACACUUGCCGCCAUGUAUAUAUCAAUCGAAACAAAAAUAUUGUAGUUUAGUGAAAAUAUGCCAGGUUUUGCCACGAAAGGAGAUUUGUUUUAAAGUUGGUCAUUUAUUUUUUAUGUUUUUAAUCUUGUUAUCAACGUUAAUGUUACAACUGUCUCGUUUUGUUUCAAAGUUGGAACGGAAUUAAAGCGUUGUCAUGGUGUAAUCAAUUAAUCUUUCGUCAAUUUCAUUACCGAUUACUGUGAUAAAUUCUUAAAUAUUCGGAUUAUCUCAUGUUAUGGACGGAGGAGCCGACCAAGGCGGCUCUUGCGCCCACGACAGGCGUGCGAUACAACAGUUUGUUCUGAAUGUGCACGUAAAACCCUAUGGCAUGACAUUAUAUUAUGUUUUUAAUGGACUUUAUUAAAAAGACUGUAUUUUCUUUUUCGUUCGCUCCGACGCCAUAUAACCGUAAAUAAAAUGUGUUGAGUGCGUCGUUAAAUAAACCAUUUCCUUCUUUUCGUUCGCAUAUUUUCAACGUUGGAAAGUAGGUAAAGUUAGAAAAAUAAAUCAUAUAUAUGUAACCUCGGGAUGGUUGUCCAAAAAUAAAACAACGCCUGGUGGAUUCACAUUGUCACAAGUUGUUUAUUCAUUCCGUUCCAUCAAACCUAAAAACAAGAAUAUAUCAUCAUAAAAAAAUAGGGAAAAAUACUGAAGUUAUCUCAAGCGAUAACGUCUUAAGCGAUAACUGCCGAUAUGAUUAAAUAUAGGUGGUAUGAGCAAAUACAUGUAUACAUUAUUAUAUUUAUAAUGUUACUCACCAGCAACAUCUCAAAGUGGUUUUCACAAACCUCGAAAACACAGCCUGUAGCUAAGUUGACCAUAUACAAAAUAUGUCUUCCUCUCUCUAGGAUCUUGGGAAGUGCAAGGAGCAGGAAAAGCAUACAUGACCCCGGUCAGUCAGGUGGUUACUGUCAGGUCAUGUCAUGUCAUACUUGUAUGUCAACUUAGAGUUAACCAAACUAUAAUAAUAUGACUACUUUAGAUUAUCAAUAAGACUAAUUAAGUUAAUAAAUUAAGGGGUUUCUGUAAACAAUUGUUAAGUUAAUAAUAUGAUCUACUGAACACAAUUUAUAUGUUUAGUUCAAUAAUAACUUUUAUCCUGAAUAAUUAAACUGAAAAUAUACAAUUAGUUAAACUGCUAGAUAAACACCUGGUUACAUAUAUAUUUGCAAUUUUCUUGCACUACUGCCUUUGAUGUCCUAAUAUUAGUCAUGGAGCUUACAGUUCCACUUAAUCUAGAUUGGAAUCGGCGGUGGGGGUGGGGAUGAGGGUGGGGGCUGGUAUACGAAUCCAGUAACAACGUAUAUCAAGACAUAACUUCAUUUUUCAAUUUUACUUUAUGAAUUACAUAAAAACCUAUUACAUAAUAAUAAUAUAAAGAUGAUGAUCUCAAAUUCCGUUCCAUCUUUGAGUUACUUGUUUUAUCUAAAUGGCAUACAAGUAAACAAUGAAUUAUUUUUGUGUCUAUGAAAUCUCUGAGAAAAACGUAAGCCCUACCUGUGUUAUUUUACCUUUAUUUUUACCAUAAUAUGUAAACCAAUUUUGUGUCAGCUUCAUAACGGGCAACUAUUGGUUAUAUCUAUUGUUUUUUAUGUCAGGACCGAUGCCGAUUUCAUCAAGUCAUCCAAAACUUUGCUAAUGGUUUAAUCACGUGGUCACUGUGUGAUUUUAAAGGGAAAUAACUCUAAAGAUGAGGAGCAGAGAGUUUAUUUUUUAAAAUCCAGGUGGGUCUUCUGGCUUUAGGUUUUAUUUGUAGUGGAUAUUGAUAAUUAAAAAAAAUGUUUUGUACCUGAUAGACAGGAUCAUACUAAUCUUUUUUAUUAUUAUUUUCUUUUAAUUUUUUUAAAUUUUUUUGGAGGGGUUUGUCUGUUUUAUUUGUGAUUGGGGUUGGGGGCUUCUCUUCAAGUCAGUUUUAAAACUUUCUGGUUGAUACUAAAUACAUUACUUAUUUAAAUGGUGUGUUGACUAAAUAUCCCCCCCCCCCCCCCACCCCUACGCCUCUGCAGUGGAUAGAAGUUUUUAAAAACAAAUGUCUCCCACAUUGCAGCCCUUGCUAUUAUUAUGUGUGAUUUUGGACCAGAGGUUUGGGCAUUUUGAAGUUUAAUAUGGUAUAUUUUGAACUUUUUACCUUAACAGCUGUACUUGGGAAUCUAUCUUUUUAAAGUUAAUAUAUACAUUUAUUUCUGUUUAAAGUUUGGUAUAUUACAUAAAAAAACACAUAAAGCUGUUUCUUAAAAUAUAUAUAUAUAAUGUAGUUUUUUUUUUUUUAAAUUGUUUUAAAUGAAACCUUUAUUUAUUAAAACGGAUUAUUAUAUUUUCUAAGAAAAAGCUUCUUUAAUUUUUCUCUCUUUUUUUUCACCUUUUUGUUUACACGCUACAUGAUAAGAACUCAUGAAUAACCCACCGCAGCAAAAUCGGUGCAUCAUUACGUACUGACAUUGACCCGUAGGUGUUAUACGUGUAAUACAUACAUGCGUAAUCAUCCAGAUUUACAUCCAAUGGCUGGGUUCGUUUCAUCUGAUACUAUUGUUGUUAGUAAUGCCAUCCCUUAGUGGCUGAUUAAUAGAGUAAAUAUUCGUGGAUGAAAAUUAAGGAACCUUUUUAAAAAAUGUCGAGUAGAUGUUUGAAGGUGUGCCCACAACAGACGUGCUUGUACUCUAUGUGUGUGCGUGUGUAAGCACCACGUCAAAUGGUCUGUUGGGUGUAAAAAGAAAACCAACAGAGUUUUAAUUGUUAUGUUCGCAAUUAAAUAUUAGAGAUUACCCGAAGAUUUUAUUCCAUUAACUUUCUGUCUUUGUAACAAACUUGUGUAUUGUGUGUGCGACUCACAAUAAUAAAAUGCCAUAUUCUUUUAAACAA